AGAAAGUCAGAGAAAGCUGCUUGCCUUUUUAUUGGUCUUAAAUGUAAGCUUCCUGAGAUUGACUCUAAUGCCUGGUUUGACUUUUAUCAUCUUCCUGCGGGUUUCACUUUCUCCCCCUUUUUUCUGCCAUUUUAGGUAUUUAUUGUAUGUUGAAGGAAGGGGAGAUGGGAUCAUGUUUCAGAAUAAAAAGGCAAAGCAAGGAUGAGGGACCAUUGUUGAAGAAUGGGAGUGUGUUAUUAGAAAAGCUUAUUGCCUCAUCUGAUGGUAAAUGUAAUCCUAUUUGUACUUUCUCCGCCGAGGAGCUGAGCGAAGCAGCGAAAGGUUACGAUGUCGGUCAGGAAAUUUCGAGGUACGUUCAUUUCGUGUUAUACAAAGGCUUUCUGCGUGGUCGGGAGAUAUCUGUGAAACGGUACGAAAGCUAUAACAAAUGCCUUGAAACAGCUAUCACAGAUAUAGUAAUUAGCUCACAAAUGAGUGUGCACAAGAAUGUUCUAAAACUAAUUGGAUGCUGCUUAGAGACUCAAAAUCCAGUGCUUGUUUAUGAAUAUGGUGGUGAAAAGAAUCUCCAAAGAUUAAUGUUUGAUGUUAGUGAUGGGCAACUUGAGCCAUUAACAUGGAAGUCUAGAAUAAAGAUUGCAAUGGAUAUUGCUAAUGCAGUUGCAUAUCUCCAUACUGCCUUGUCCAGGCCUGUUAUUAAUCGUGGGCUUUCGUUGAUAUCGAUAGUAAUAGAUACGAAUUAUGUUGCUAAGCUUUCUGAUUUCUCGCUCUCCGUGGCAAUUCCGAAAGGAAAAUCGCAUGUCGUAGAAGAUACCAUCUCCGGGGUAGUUGGGUAUAUAGCACCUGAGGUUUUGGAAUGCAAAAUAAAUGAAAAGGCUGAUGUUUAUAGUUUUGGCAUACUGUUACUUGAGCUUUUAACUAGAAGAAAAUCUGGGGAUCACAAUGUGGAGGAAGCACCCUUUAGAGCAUUUGUGUCGAAUUAUGUCGAAAGCAAUCGGUUAACCGAAAUUGUGGAUCAAAGUAUUUUGAGUGAAAGAAUCAAUGGUAAUGAGUUGGUAAGUUUGGCGAAGAUUGCACUUUGUUGUACACAAGAAAAUCCCGAGAAUCGACCGAUGAUAACUGAUGUUGCAAAACAGCUUAGGCUACUCAAUAAAGAUUGUAAGCUUUGUUAGCUCAGUAGCUCUAAUUAUGGUGUAUGAUACUUAUACUGGCACUUGAUCUUGAGUUCAGGGAACAUAGUUUGCCUUACUCUGUAAUAAAAUACUGAACUCACUGCAAUCAACAAAAA